AUACUUGUUUUAAUGCAAAUUAUUAUUUGAUUCAUCGCCUAUUUCGAAUUUGCAAUCGUAUAAAGAAACAAUAACUGAGUUAGGUACAAUCGAUAACAGAAAGUUCUUUUUUUUUAGAUUUGAUAAUAAUUCUAAAUUUGUCAUUAAUGGCUUAUAAGUAUUUAUGAUAUACUGACAAAGCAAUUCAUUGAUUUGUUGAUAAUACGUAAAUUGACGUUAAAAUUUUCUCAUUUUUUAUUUAUACAUAAUCAACAAAAAAUAAGACUAAUUAGUUCAUAAAAAUUUUUUUUAAAGAAAAUAUGUCUUCAAGCGACGACAUUCGCGUUGUGGUGGGUGUUGACUUUGGAACUACAUAUUCCGGAUUUGCAUAUGCUCAUAAAUCCAAUCCUAAUGAUGUUCAAGUAUACGAUUUUUGGAAAGGUCUCCAUGGAGGAUGGUUUAAAACACCAACAGUCAUAAAUUAUGAUGACUCCUGUGCAAAUGUAAUGUCGUGGGGAUUAUCGGCACUAGCAACAAAGCCAAGAGGAAGGUCUUUACGACCCUCUUCAAAACCGAUUGAAUUGUUUAAGUUACAUCUAUUAAAAAGGGGAACUACGUCUUUACCAGACGCAUUAAAUUAUAAAGAUGUUAUUAAAGAUUAUUUGAAAGAAUUAGGUAAUUAUAUUAGAAGAAGGGUAAAAAGUCAUUGGCACAGUUUAGAUUUUGAUAGUCAAGUUAUAAUUGUAAUUACGGUUCCCGCAGAAUUCGACGAUAAUGCGAUUGAAACAAUGAGUGAAUGUGCGAUUGGCGCAAAUUUGGUCAAAGAGGAAAAUAUUGAAAGAAAUUUAAAAUUUACAACAGAACCUGAAGCUGCAGCGAUUAAUUCUAUAAGUUCACUAAGGAAUGAAUAUCUUUUGAAAUCGGGAGAUUUAUUUAUGGUGGUUGAUUGUGGUGGUGGCACAGUGGAUCUAACAACGCGAGAAUUAUUAGACGAAGAUAAAUUAAGUGAAAUAACUGUGCGUGCAGGCGAUAACUGUGGUUCAUGUUAUGUGGACCAGGCAUUUAUUGAGUUUCUUGAUAGUAAAAUAGGAAGUUCCACUAUUGAUAUUUUAAAAGAGAAUCAUUAUGUUAAUCUACAAUAUAUCGUUCAAGACUUUUGUACAACCACUAAAAUUUUUUUUACGGGACGAGAGGAUGAUUUUCUGGCUUAUUACUUAAAUUUAGAUGAAUAUGAGCCAAUUAAAAAAUGUAUUACUGGAGAAGAAAAAGAGAAGUUAGAAGCUGAUGAAUGGUUGAUCGAAGCUAAAUUUGAUGAUGUUAAAGAAAUGUUCGAUCCUGUUAUAGAAAGAAUUUUUACAUUAAUAAGAGGACAAUUGGAGCAACUAAAACGGCUUAAAAAGGACAUUUCUUUAAUGUUAUUGGUGGGUGGAUUUAGUGAAUCUGAAUAUUUACAAGAUAGAAUUAGGGGAGAAUUUUCUUCAGAGGUGCCGAAUAUUUCUGUGCCUAAGAAUCCUGUUACAUCUGUUAUGAAAGGAGCUGUGAAAUUUGGUCUUUCAGAAGAAGUUGUAGAGAGUCGUGUAUUGAAUUGGACUUAUGGUACUUGCGUAGUAAGAAAAUGGCUUCCAACCGAUCCAUUGUCAUAUAAACUUCCAAAUGGGUAUGUAAAAGUUUUUGAAAAAUUUGGUGAGGAAGGUUAUGGAGCACCAAUCAAAUUAAACAGUAAAGUUAUCAAAGAUUUUAAAUCAUUUUCAUUAACUCAGCGAAAAAUAAAUAUUGAUAUGUAUGUAACAAAAUCUUUGGAUGCGAAAUAUAUUGGAGAUCCUGAGAUAAAAUUACUUCGAAAAUUUCAAUUAGAAUUGCCAGAAUUAGAUAGUUAUGAAGAUAUUGAAGAUAUUACUAUUUCAUUUAUUUUAAAAUUUGGGAGGGUGGGAAUGUCUGCUAUUGCUGAAAAUAAGAAUACUGGUCAUGAGUGUAAAGUUACUUUUAAAUAUGACUUUGAUUUAGUUUAAGUAUGGUGUUUAAUUAAUAUUAAUUUCAGUAAACUAAAAUGUUAUAAAAUUGGAAAUCUUAUUAUAAUAAAUUAUUGGUAUAGUACCAUUUAAAUUGAUAAUAUAUAC